AUGGGUGGACUAGAACCAAUAAUUUAUCUAUCAAAAAAAGCUAGAGUAACGCUUACCCGUAACCUUUGGACAGAGGCAGGACUUUGUAAUGGUACUAUGGGAACUAUCAAAGAUAUAAUAUUUUCAGAAAGUCACAAGGUUACUAUGCUACCCAUUGCCAUAAUUGUACAGUUUAAUGAUGACUAUCUGGGACCAAGUUUUUGUAAAGACACACCUAAUUGUGUGCCUAUAUUCCCUGUCACAAGUUCCUCUAACACUCUUGGCAAUAACUUCGAAAGAGUACAGUUCCCAUUAAAACUCGCAUGGUCAAUGACAAUCCACAAGUCACACGGCUUAACUCUCAAAAAGUGCUGGAUUGACCUAGGAUCAACUGAAAAGGUUGCAGGUUUAACAUAUGUUGCAUUAUCAAGAGUUCGUUAACUCUCCGACACUGUAAUUGAACCACUUACUUUUGAAAGACUACAUGCAUUAAAAAAAACAUCUAAUUAUAAAUAUAGACUUCUGGAAGAAUCCAGGUUAGAACAAUUGGCACAACAUACAUUGCAAAAUAAAAGGAAAAAUGUGACAUAUUUUUAUGCAUCUCUUACAGUGAAAUGGAUAACUACGAAAGUCCAAAAAGAAAAUGAAGUUUGGGAAGUCAUCUCCUCCCUCCUCUCCAACCUCUUCAUCCUCUGCAAGUGAGUACACUAAAGAAAUCUUAACAUGAUUCCAGGGUCAGUGCUUACUGGGUUUACUGCGGCCCUGGCCAAUUGUUUUUAACCACAACAUAUUUCUUUUUUUUUUUCAAGAUAUUUAUUGAACUCCAAAAACUUCCUUUGGCUUUCACUGUUUCAUCUUGGGCCAGGCAAAAAAACAGGCCGUAACUUCACAUACAUGAAUUUGCUGAUAUGCAACAUAUGAUGCAAUGAUUGCAUAAUACUUAUAAGAGGAGAUUCAAAAUUUACCAGCUGCCUUCAAUCAAUCCAAACAAAGAAUUAUUUUGAGCAAAUAAUAUACCUGAUGUUAAGCAAAGUUUACAUAGAAAAUGUUUCUAGCAUUUUCAUAAAUAAGUUAACAAAAUAUAAAAUAAACAUUUUUUUUUCAGGCUUUACUGGAUAUGUACAAAGAGUAGACCGAAAUCGAAAAAGCCAGCAAGGAUUUACAUAUUACUUCGACAUCAUUCUACAGAUGGCAGUAGACCAAACGCAGAUGAUAAGAAUAAUGAUAAGUUCUAUGGAUGACACCAUGAAAAGCCAGCUUUUCAAAGACAAACAAAAAGCACAACAGCCCAUCACUAUAACCAACCUUAGGGUUGUUCAGAGUGGCAUGGUGUUUAUGCACCAGAACAGCAUUGUUAAGGAUGUCUCCACGAUGGCCAUUUCAUUUAAAUAUGUACCACCAGCAGCACCACCCCUGACAUCUGUAGCAGAUGUUUUAAAAACUAAGAGGCAAGGGGAUAUAGUCACAAUCUCAGGCUUAAUUCGAUGGGACAGUGAAGCUUCAACACCACAAAACUCUAAACGACCAGUAAGAGAUGGUAAAUUAGUAGACUCAACAGGAACUAUAGAUAUUUCGAUUUGGUCAGACCACACUUCUCUGUCAAGGAAGGGGAUUUCUUUGAGAUCUCCAACUGCACUGUAA